GUACUGACGGUCUCUUGCUGCUGCCGCAGGAGCCCGUGACCUUCGAGGAGGUGGCCGUGUAUUUCACCAAGGAGCAAUGGGCCCUGCUGGACCCGGGGCAGAGGACUCUCUACGUGGACGUCAUGCUGGAGAACUACGAGACCGUGACGUCUCUGGGUUUUCCCGCGACCGAGCCAGACUUGCUCGCCCAGAUGCGAGAGCGAGGAGAGCGCCGGGGCCCUGAUCUUCAAGAAAUGGAGAAAAAAGAAGCCCUGAGCAGCCGACGCGCAGGGAUAAGGUGGAAAACGGACGGCGGGACGGUUUGCGGAGGAGGCGACGCCGACCCCGGAGAAACCCCAACUCCUGCAGGAAGGCGACGCGCCCGCAACGAGUCCGGACGCGAGAACGGCCGGAGCAGGGACUUAAUUACACCCCCGAGAGACGAAGCGGGAGAGAAACCUUUCAAGUGCCUCGAGUGCGGGAGAAGCUUCGCGCGGAGCUCGGACCUCGUCGUCCACCAGCGAACCCACACGGGGGAAAAGCCCUACCGGUGCCCCGCGUGCGGGAGAUGCUUCAACAGGAGCUCCAGCCUCGCCACGCACCAGCGGAUGCACACCGGCGAAAAAACGUACGCCUGCCCCGAGUGCGGAAAAAGCUUCACGCGGAGCUCGACGUUGACCGCCCACCGGAGAACCCACACGGGAGAAAAACCCUACCCGUGUUGCCAAUGCGGGAAGCGUUUCGGCAAAAGGUCGAACCUCAUGAAACACCAGCGGCAACACACCGGAGAGAGACCGUACGGGUGCGCCGACUGCGGGAAGAGCUUCAUACAAAGCUCGGAUCUCGUCGUCCACCAGCGAACCCACACGGGAGAAAAGCCCUACCAGUGCUCGGAAUGCGGGAAGCGUUUCAGUGUGCGCUCCAAGCUGAUUCAGCACCGGCGCGUGCACACGGGGGAGAAGCCGUACACGUGCGGCGAGUGCGGGAAGAGCUUCGGGCAGAGCUCGCACCUUUCCGUGCACCAGAAAACUCACAGGGGAGAGAAUCGGUGCUCCAGGUGUGGAAGGUCAUCCAGUGCGAGAUCCUGCCCUGUUAAACAGAAAACCAGCUCCUCGGUGCUCCUCGUCACGUUCCUCACGACGUUCGGCCGGCUGGCGCGUCUCCCCCCGUGCCUGAAGCCCUCCAAGGGAUGCCGG